AAUUUCCGAGAAGAAAAUUGUAUUUCUAAAAAUAAGAACAUAAAUGUUAAAAAUUAAAAAGCACACAGCAUAACAGCAUGAAGCGCAUUAGCGAAAAAAAGCUGGAGGCCUUUACGGUCGGCACAUUUUCCAAGCGGCAAUUGUCCAAAAAAGAAUUAGAGGAGCAGAAGAAGAAGGAGGAUGAGGCCGCGGCGGCACAUGCGUUUAAAGAGUUUGUUGAGACGUUUCAAGAAACGCCCACAGCCUCUUCGAAAGUGUGGGUGAAGGCUGGCACAUACGAUGCGGGCUCCAGGCGAGAGGACAAAAGCGAAAAGGGCAAACUGUACAAGCCGGGCUCCAAGCUUGAUAAGAGUGCCUCCGAGAAGGCGGAGGACUAUGCUAAGCUGUUGGCCUCUGAUCUUAAGAAAGAUCCAACACCGCUGAAAAAGAAGAAUCAGGAGAAAAAGAAGAGCAACUUGGAGCUGUUCAAGGAGGAAUUGAGACAAAUACAAGAAGAACGUGAAGAGCGACACAAGUACAAGCAUAUGGCAGUAGCGAGUGCUCCAGUUUCACAGCAGCAAAAGCCAGAGCCACAAGCUCCGAGCACUUCACAGCAGGCGAGCAACGCUCGAGAUGCUGGGGGUUCAUUUGACACUGGCGAUCCGAACACAACGAACCUGUAUUUGGGCAAUUUAAAUCCCAAGAUUUCCGAGCAGCAGUUAAUGGAAAUCUUUGGUCGCUAUGGUCCGCUAGCCAGCAUCAAGAUCAUGUGGCCACGUUCUGAGGAAGAGAAGCAACGUGGCCGAAAUUGUGGCUUUGUAGCAUACAUGAGCCGCAAGGACGCCGAGCGGGCGCUACGCACUCUAAACGGACGCUAUAUAAUGGGCUAUGAAAUGCGUUUGGGCUGGGGUAAAACGGUACCCAUCAUGAAUACACCAAUUUUCGCACCGCAAGCCCUGUUAGAACUAACAUUGCCGCCACCUCCCUCGGGUCUGCCUUUUAAUGCUCAGCCGCCGCCUAGCGAGGCAAAUACAUUGCCCAAGAAGAACUACAAGGAUUACGAUUCUAUUGAGGACAAGGAGAAUAUGGAAAGAGUUCUGAGCAAAUCCAUUGUAAAAGUCUUUAUACCAACGGAGAAAUCUGUUCUGAAUAUCAUACAUCGCAUGAUCGAGUUCGUAAUACGAGAGGGUCCUAUGUUCGAAGCGCUGAUCAUGAGUCGCGAAAUGGAAAAUCCCAUUUUUUCGUUUCUCUUCGACAACGAAAGUCCAGCGCAUAUAUAUUACCGCUGGAAGCUCUUCUCGCUGUUGCAGGGCGACACACCGAGCGAGUGGCGGGAGCAACAGUUUCGCAUGUUUAAGGACGGGCCUGUCUGGAAACCUCCUGUGGCUAAUUUCUACACCCAAGGCAUGCCUGAUGAGUUGGUCGUCGACCCAGAUGCACCUGUGGUCCAUAAAGGCGCCUUAUCGAACGCGCAACGUGAUCGACUGGAAGACCUGAUACGGGCUUUGACACCAGAGCGCGCACGCAUCGGUGACGCAAUGAUAUUUUGCAUUGAGCAUGCUGAUGCCGCCGAUGAGAUUUGCGAGUGCAUUGCCGAGUCGUUGGCAAAUCCAAAGACGCUGGCUUCAAAGAAGAUUGCGCGGCUAUAUCUUGUCUCCGAUAUAUUGCACAACUGCACUGUGAAGGUGUCAAACGCAUCUUUCUUUCGUAAAUCCGUGGAAAAGCAAUUGGUGGACAUAUUUGAGAGCCUUCACACUUAUUAUUUGGCUAUUGAGAGCCGACUGAAAGCUGAGGGCUUCAAGACUAGAGUGUGUAACGUGAUACGCACAUGGGAGGAGUGGACAAUUUACCCAAAGGAUUUCUUAUCCCAAUUGCACGCUAUAUUCUUGGGUCGACAGUUUGCAGUGCAGUCUACCUCACCGGUCCAAGCAGAUGAGUCGCGCUCAGAGGAAGCUCUAGAUGAGGACAUAGACGGUGCGCCACUUUCUGGGGAGGAAAAAGACGACGAGGAUUUGGAUGGUGUGCCACUCGACGGUGCUGCACUGCUAAAGAGCGCUCUAAAGCUUGUCCUACCAGAGUCAACGGUGGCCAUGCAACAACGAGAUACACCCAAGCGGGAACAAUAUUUUGACGAAAUCGAUGGCGUGCCCUUGGAUGAGGAUUUGGAUGGUGUGCCGAUGGAGCAAGUGCAAAGACCAACAGAUUCCAAGUCACAGGCUAAAAUGCCCGGUUUUAUUCCAUCUAAAUGGGAAACGGUUGACCCACAACAGGUUGAGGCCCAAGCCAUAACAACAAGCAAGUGGGACACGUUGGAUCCCCCAGAUCCACCAAAGUUCUAUAGUUCGGAUGAUGAUAGCGAUGACGACAGCUCACAAAAAUUCAGCGACGAGAGUCGCCAAAAACUGCGCGAAAUUGAAGUGAAAGUCGUGCAGUAUCAAGAUGAACUGGAGUCCGGAAAGAGACGCCUGGAACCGGGCUGGACACUUUCCGAGCAAGUGGCAUACUAUCGUAAACGAUUGCUCAAGCGGAAUUCCCCUUCGGAUUCUGUAGACUCACCGUUGAGCUACAUGCACUCGAAAUCGAGAAGUUCACAGCGCAGCGAGAGUCCUGACACCAGGCAUGCACUUAGCGCUCACUACAGCAGCAGCUCCCGCUCCAGCCCCAGCUUACGCGCCAGUCGCAAGCGAUCCCAUUCGCCGUUUAGCGGUGGCGAGAGCAGUCGCAGUGGCAAGUCUACCAAGCGAAAUCGGUCACGAAGUCAGUCGGACUCGCCCAAGCGCCACUCGGAGCGCUCAGGUCGCACCUCUCGCAAAUCCCCGUCGCCAGCAACGUCAUCCUACAGCUCACGUUCGAAUCGACGCACCAGCGUGUCCCCAGGACGCCACCGGUCGGAAAAGCAGAAGCACAAACAUCGCCAUUAAUGUGUUCAGAAUUUUC